AUGCGCACGUUAGCAGCCAGGCUCACCACUUAUUACUGUAGAAGAAACCCAGUACGGAAUGCGCAGCCUCGCAAUUUCUCCACUUACAAUGGAAGAGAUGAGCUCUCCCUUGAACAGGACGCUGAAAGAAAAAUCGGAUGGCUGUUGAAGUUGAUAUUUGCUGGGACUGCAACUUGCAUAGCUUACAACAUCAUGCCAUAUAUGGGAGAUAAUUUGUUGCAACAGUCCGUGUCACUUUUAACAGUCAAGGAUCCUUUGUUCAAGAGAAUGGGGGCUUCUCGAUUAGCUCAGUUUGCGAUUGAUGAUGAAAGGAGGAUGAAAAUAGUGGAGAUGGGUGGUGCUCAAGAGCUCGUAAACAUGUUGGUGGAUGCUAAAGAUGACCGCACAAGGAAGGAGGCUUUGAAAGCUCUUUCUGCUCUGUCACCCUCAGAUCAAGCUAUUGGAGCUUUACACCAAGCUGGGGCAAUCUCAGUUAUCAGAUCAACCCCUGAUUCCUUGGAGAGUGCUGAAAUUGAGAAAUACAAGUCAGGCUUGCUCAAGAGAUUUCAAGAUCUUAGAUAUGAUAUUCCGUCUACAAAUGUGUCAAGGUCUUCAGACUCUUAG